AUGAACAAUCAUCAAGAAGCAGAAACUACUUCCGCCAAUAACAUCAACAAUACCGACUAUGCCCGCCGUUGCAAGGAACUCAUGCAACUUCGUAACGAUUUAGAUGCCAUGGGUGCCUCUGCGUUAUUGGAUUUACCACGCGUAGUCGUGAUUGGUAGCCAAUCAGCUGGUAAGAGUUCGUUGGUUGAAGGUGUUAGCGGGAUCUGUGUUCCUCGAGACGCUGGAACAUGCACCCGAUGCCCUAUGGAAUGUGUCAUGCACAGCACGUCCGGUCCUUGGAGGUGUUCAAUCUCUUUGCGGCAAGAAGGCGGAACAACCAGCACAUUCAGCCCUGAAGUGACAGACCGGGCCUCCGUUGAGCUUUGGCUUCGUCGUGCGCAAGUGGCGAGCCUCUGUCCUCACAGAUCGCCAUCCGCGUUCACGGCAAUGUCUCGAGAUGAACUCAAAGCAACAUACGAUUCAGACGCCCGAAUGCUGAAAUUCACCAACAACGUAGUAUGCCUUGACUUGCACGAUCCCGACGCGACGGAUCUAUCGUUCGUCGAUUUGCCUGGACUUAUUCAAAACGAAUCCCAAGAGGCGAUCGAUUUGGUUAAGAAUAUGGUCGUUUCGUAUAUCGAUCGCCCAAACACAUUGAUCCUAGUUGCCAUGCCUAUAACUGAUGAUGUCGAGAACCAGCAAGCCGCGCGGCUUGCCAGGGAAGCUGAUCCAGAAGGACUUCGUACCAUCGGCGUCGUUACCAAGCCUGAUUGUCUUCCGUCUGGAGCGAUUGACUCUCGCCGACGCUGGAAAGACAUCUUCCUUGGCCGGGCUCAUCACCUCAAUCACGGCUACUACUGCGUGCGGCUGCCGGAUGACUCAGAGAGGGCACGACAGGCUUCACGAGCAGAUUCGGCUUCAAUAGCUUCUCAGUUCUUCAGGACUACGGAACCUUGGAAAGAUGGGGACAUGAACCAAGGACGGUUCGGAAUCCCAAACCUUGUGACCGAUGUUGGUAGGCUUCUUGUUGAACUGAUCGAGCGGUCACUCCCGCUCCUGAAACAACAGGUGCAAGAUCUCUUGGACAGGUGCUUAGAAGAUAUCAACGAUCUCCCCUCCAUCAUCACGCGCGACCCUCAGUCUGAGGUCUUCAUACGUGUAAACAACUUCUCCAGGGAAUUCGCGGAGAGUAUAGAUGCACGGUCUCACAAAAAUUACGUCCAGGGAAGUCGUGGGUUGUAUGAGCAACUGAAAUUGGAUAUUAGAGCUACUACUCCCGACUUCCGGCCUUUCCCCAACUAUAUUGCCCAUCCCAUCCCUUCCUACCAAUGCGACGAAGACGAAGUUGAGGUGCUAUCCCAGGCUGCAUCUGAUACUGAGUCAAUAGAAGAGUUAGCUAGCAAAGCAAGGCCAAUUGACUUGACUGAAGUUCGCGACGUUAUCAAAAAGUCUACGGGUUGGGAAUUACCUGGCCACGUCCCAUACGAAGCCACGAAACAUCUCAUCGAGAGGCACGUUAGGCUGUGGCAUGGUCCGGCAAUGCGCUGUUUCAGUAACGUCUUUCGGAUGUUGAACAUUUUCAUGGACGGUUUGCAAGCUGAGCAUUUCUCCCGAUUCCGGAUGCUUCACGAGCAUGUCCGUGGUGUUGCUACCAGAGAAAUGGAGCUACAAAAGAAAAAUACGUUGGCCAUGCUGGAACAGUUGCUAGCUUGCGAGUCAGCUCCCAUCUGGACGCAGAAUAUCCACUACUACAAAGCCACUUCUAAGAAAUGGCAUACCGCAUACGUCCAGCAGUGGUAUUUGGCCUAUCCCCUGAUGCGCCCCGACAAUGAUUCUUCCUCCUACACGACCGGCCGCCACCGGCCGCCACCGCCGCCGCCACCACCACCCGAGUCCUAUGCGGAUGAGCUUCAAGUAAUGGCCAACGUCCGGGCGUAUUUCCAGGUCGCUUACAAGCGCAUCAUUGAUGCUGUUCCUCUUACAAUUGAAAGAGACUUGAAUCGAGCUCUUUCUGUUAGUCUGAGUGACGCGCUCGUCCAGAGCCUUUUUGAAGGCCCGGACAUGGUCAAUCGAAUGAGGAAUCUCGUCAGCGAGGACCCUGCUAUUGAGCAGCGUCGGGCAGAAUUGGCAAGGCGUAAAGGGCAACUAGAUGAAAUUCGUACAAGGCUGGAGGAAUUUGGUCGUGACUGA